AUGAAGCUAUCUACUGCUCUUGUGCUACUUGGUUCCUCUUCUCUAGCUCUAGCAUUAUCCGCUGAUGACAUUGCUGAAUUAAACGUUAUCCUACAUGAUGUUAGCCAGAAUUCCACAGCUUAUUCAGACUGGAUGCUAAAUAGCGGUCUAGAUAUGCCAAAUGGUGUUAUCCAAAUUUAUUUUGCUGCUCAAGGUGCUACUGAUAUGUCCUUCACUACAUUGUACGAUGGUCUAGAUGCAGCUGAUGUUACUGCUCUAGAAAACAUGGCUACCUCUGCUCCAUGGUAUACUUCUUACCUAUCAUCAGACAUCGCUGCUGCUGUUGCCAAGGCCGAUGCUGAACCUACUGCUGCUACUUCAUCUUCUGCUGCUGCUUCAUCUUCUGCUGCUGCUUCCAGUAGUGCUGUUGCUUCAACUUCUGCUGCUGCUUCCAGUAGUGCAGCUGCUUCAACUUCUGCUGCAGCUGCUUCAGCCUCCGUUGAAGCUGAAUCUUCUGCUGCAUCCAGCGCUACUUCUAAUGCUUCUUCCGAAGCUACUUCCAGCGCUGCCACUUCAGCUACUAACUCAUUAACAGCUGACGAUGCUUCUGCAACUGAUUCUUCUUCUGCUACUGUUUCUGAAUCUGGCUCUGCUACUGUUUCUGAAUCGGAAUCCGGCUCUGUAACUGAUUCUUCUUCUGCUACUGUUUCUGAAUCCGGCUCUGCUUCUGCUGUUGGUUCUUCUUCCGUUACCGUUUCUGAAUCUGCCUCUGUUGUUGGUUCUUCUUCAGCCAUCGCCUCUUCCAUUAACUCUCAAAGUAACAUCACUGCCUCUCAAGAAACUGUUACCAAUACUUUGACUGAUAUCAGCAGCGAAACUACCACUUUCUGUCCAGAAAGUGAUGUCACCACUACUGCUUAUGCUAACUCAACUCAAACUGUCACCGUUUGUGACGAAGUUUGUCAAUCAAAGAAGGCUGCCGAAGCUACCACCACCAUCAACUCACUAACAACUACUACUGUUACUUCAUGUGAUGAAGCUUGUCAUGCUUCUAAGUCUGCUGCCUCUACUGCUACUGUCACCAUCACUUCUUGUGACGAAGUAUGCCACUCUUCUAAGUCUGCUGCUUCUGCUGCUUCCGUUGCUAAAGCUUCCAACACUACUCCAGUUCAAGUCCAAGUUCAAACCUCUGUUGCUUCUACUAAGAGCAUUGCUGUUCAAGACUCCAACAAUGCUAUCAAGCAAUCUGCUGGUCUAGCUGGUCUUCUAGGUGCUGUUGCCAUCUUCUUAUUAUAG